UCGGCGUGUUUGCCCAAACGUUGACCGGCCUGGACAGCUGGGUUCAUUCACCCCCAGAGCGUCAGGAGCCAGCCAUCACAAAACCCGGCGAGUCCCCGCGCAGCGCGAGGCGAACAGACAUGAGCAGCGGCCGCUACGUGUUCGUCCUGGUUCUCCUCGCCCGCGUCUCGCUGAGCGUGGACGUGGGCGGGCCGUACGGCAGCCUCACCUCCCCGGACUUCCCCCGGCCGUACCCCGACCGCCAGCGCGUGGUGUGGAACAUCACGGUCCCGGAGGGCCACCGGGUCAAACUCUACUUCACUCACUUCAGCGUGGAGCCGUCCGACCGGUGCGAGUACGACUACGUGCAGGUUCUGGCGGAAGGGAAUGAGACCCUGCGGUUCUGCGGCGAGGAGGAGAAGAGGUCUGAGAGCAGCCCGAGGAACACCGUCAUCCUGUCCGCUGCGAACCGGAUGUCAGUGGUUUUUAGGAGCGACUACUCGAACGAAGGCCGAUUCACGGGCUUCCAAGCGUUUUACACCGCGGAAGAUGUCAACGAAUGUCUGUCCAAGGUGGACGGGGAGAGGGUGUGCGACCAUCACUGCCACAAUUACAUUGGUGGCUAUUACUGCACGUGCCGACAAGGACACCUUCUCCAUGACAACAACAGGUCCUGCACAGUGCCGUGCGCCAGCCAGGUGCUGACGUCGCCGACAGGGGUUCUGAGCAGCCCAGGCUACCCGAGCCCCUACCCCCCCAUGAGCCGAUGCGACCACACCAUCCGUUUACCCGAGGGCCACCGGGUCGUGCUGGACUUCCUGGACCCUUUCGAUGUGGAGGGACACCCAGACGUGCCCUGCCCCUACGACACGCUGAAGGUUUGGACUGCCGGGCAGGAGUACGGGCCUUUCUGCGGACAGAGGCCUCCAGCCAGGAUAGACACAGGGAGCUACGAGGUGCACGUGAGCUUCAGGUCUGACAGCAGUGGGAAAAACAAGGGGUGGAAGAUCAGGUACAUCAGUAAAGCUGAAUCCAUCCGUUUACCUGGAGAUGUGUAGUUUAAGUAACUUUAGACUGUGGCAACUAUUUGAACACUAUUUGAUCAUGCACAUACAUGAACUCUAAUUAGUUUCUAAAUCUGUCUUCUUUGCUGAGGCACCGCUGCAAUCUCAUUUUUAAACUGCCUUGGUUUCAUUUCUGUAUUAUAUGAUUCGAUUUAUUAAUUAAAACAGCUUUCAUAUACUAUAUUA